AUGCAGGAUGCCAGAGAAGAACCCCAGGACUAUGACCUCAACACACCAAUCACAUCUACCUCCGGCCUACGCCAGGGUCUAACAUCCUAUGGAGAUGCACAUUUCUCUCUCUUCCUCCGCAAGGUGUUCAUCAAGGCCCUUGGGUACUCCGAGGAUGCUCUUUCCCGACCUAUAGUGGGCAUUAUCAAUACAUUUUCAGGGUUCAAUCCCUGUCAUGCAAAUGUUCCGCAGCUCAUAGAGGCCGCCAAGCGUGGUAUUCAUCUCAAUGGAGGGUUGGCCGUGGAAUUUCCCACGAUCAGUGUCCAUGAAUCAUUCUCGCACCCUACGAGUAUGUUUUUACGGAAUUUGAUGAGCAUGGACACCGAGGAGAUGAUCCGGGCUCAGCCAUUGGACGCAUGUAUCAUGAUAGGAGGCUGUGACAAGACUGUUCCUGCUCAAUUGAUGGGGGGAAUUUCCGCCAACAAGCCAAUCCUUCCCCUGAUCACCGGCCCUAUGCUACCGGGUAGCCAUCGUGGUCAGAGAAUCGGCGCUUGUACGGACUGUCGCAAUAACUGGGCAGCAUUCCGAGCAGGUGAGAUAGAUGUGGAGGAGAUCUCAGCGAUCAAUGAAGAGCUAGCUCCAACGAUCGGGACUUGUGGCGUCAUGGGAACUGCGAGCACAAUGGCCUGCGUUACGGCUGCAUUGGGAAUGAUGCCACUUCGCGGAGCCUCUGCUCCAGCUGUAUCAUCUGCACGACUACGAAUUGCCGAAGAGACCGGUGCAAAUGCAGUGGCAGUCGCUAAAUCAGCACGAAAGCCCCAAGACAUUCUGACAAAGGAAUCCUUCCUGAAUGCCAUCAUCGUUCUCCAGGCCAUUGGAGGAUCGACCAAUGCUGUAGUCCAUUUGCUGGCAAUCGCCAAUCGACACCCCCAGCUUCAGGGCAUGAUUACAUUACAGACAAUCGAAGAAAUAGGACAAAAGACUCCUCUUCUCAUCGAUCUGAAGCCGAGUGGUGACAAUUACAUGAAUGACUUCCACAAUGCUGGAGGCAUGCCCGCACUGUUACAAGUACUACGACCAUUGCUUCACCUGUCAGCUAUGACUAUCACCGGACAAACUUUAGGAGAAGUCCUUGAUGCCGCUCAGUCCAAGCGAGUCUCCUUUCCGCAGCAGAUUAUCCGACCACUCUCUGAUUCUCUUUAUCCCGCAUCAUCUCUUGCGGUUCUGCAGGGCAAUCUUGCACCCAAUGGUGCCGUGAUCAAAGCAUCUGCCUCGAAAGAUCGAUCUCUGCUUUCUCAUGCUGGACCCGCUGUGGUAUUUGAGAACUCUAUUGACCUAGCCCAACGCAUCGAUGACCCAGAUUUAUUUGUCACCAAGGACAGCGUGCUAGUCCUUAAGGGCAUUGGCCCAAUAGGUAAUCCCGGCAUGCCAGAAGCAGGAUUGAUUCCUAUCCCCCAAAAGUUGGCAGCCGCUGGCGUGAAAGAUAUGCUGCGAUUAUCUGAUGGUCGUAUGUCUGGGACAGCUGGGGGAACCAUUGUUCUCCAUAUCUCACCCGAGGCAGCCAUUCCAAGCUCGCCAUUUGGGGUGGUUGAAAAUGGUGAUUUGAUUGUUUGUAAUCUUGAAGGCCGCAGACUUCAUGUUAAUAUAUCCGAUGAAGAAUUGCAGGCUCGUAUAUUAAAACGAAAGCAGAAGCUCGAGGCCGAGAUGGGACCAGUUCAGGCGAGAAAGCAGCGACGAGGAUAUCGUGGGUUGUAUGAGCGAUCUGUGAACCAAGCGCACGAAGGAACUGAUUUUGAUUUCCUCACUGCUGAUGGUGCAUCUGAGCAGAGCUGA